AUGGUGCCGCGGGCUGCGUCGCUCGUGCUGCUGUGGCUGCUCGCGGUAGCAGCAGGAGUGCGGGGUCAAAGCAACAUCGCGGUGUCGUUCCCGAGCGGACAGACGUUGACGGAGGGGGGCAGCUUCACGUUCUCCCUCUCCCUGGCCAAGGCAAUCCCCGUCCCCGCCGGAGACGCUGAGGACACCGUCACGGUCCAGUUGCGCAUCAAGGCGACGAACGGCGAGGUGUGCACGACGGGGCAGAAGGUGUGCGAGCUCUCGAUCGCGUCCCUCCCCAGCAACUACCUCUUCUCGUCCCGCGGCGGCGUGCUGGCCUGGAACGUCCCGAAGAACCACACCAUCCCAGUGGCGGCCAACUUCCUGGUCGACAGGACGCGGACCUACACGGCCGAGUUCACGCUCGCGAGCACGAUCCCCGCGACCUUCCCCCUGGAGACCAGGGCCUUCAACCUGACGGUCCUCGACGACGACACCGCGGGCCUGGAGGUGUCGACGACGUCGAUCGCGCUCAGCGAGGGCCCCGCGGGCACCACGUACAACCUGCGCCUGACGGCGGCACCGUUCGAGACGCUGACGGUGGGGUUCAGCCCGUCGACGCAGACCGUGUUCGGGCGGCAGUACAGCCUGGCGUUCACGCCGUCGACCCUGAGCUUCACGACGGCCAACUGGAACACGUUCCAGGCGGUACAAGUGACACACCCCCAGGACUUUGACAAGUCGGGCAACCUGGCGCUGACAAUCGCGCACACGCUCAGCGGGGGGUCGCUGGACUUUGCGUUCACGGGGUACAACACGGCGCCGCAGAACGUCGCCGCGGCAGUGACGGACAUCGACACGGCGCUGGUGAACGUGACGGCAACGCCGGUGAGCGUCGCCGAGGGCUCGCAGACCGCGAACGCGUACCGCGUCACGCUGUCGUCGCGGCCGUACUUCGACGUGAUCGUGCGGACGCGCGCCACGUGCACGAGCGUGCGCGGGUCGCCGUGCGCGUACCAGGCGUUGGGCACAGAGGGGGGGGAGUACCUCAACCUGACGUCAGCCAACUGGCAGACCGGCGUGCAGGCGACCGUCGUCGCCGUCGACAACACCUUCGCGGACGACGGCGCGUCGGGCACCGUCGAGCACUGGCGCGUCGACAGCACGGACGUCAACUUCAACACCUCAGCGCCCACCCUGCCGACCGUCAGCGUCACGUCGACGGACAACGACACCCCCGGGUUCGUCGUCGACGCCGGCGCGGGGCUCGACUUCACUGAGGGCGGGUCGACCAGCCUGACCAUCCGCCUUCUGACCACGCCGUACAACCCGGUCACGGUGUCGCUGGGCGCGACUGACAACUUCGUCAACCUGUCGCCGCCGCGCGUGUACUGGGAGGCCGCGAACUGGACCAACACCGCGACGGUGACGGUCAACCAGGCCGACGACGACAUCGACGAGGGGGUCCGCACGAGCAACGUCACGCUGGCGGCGUCGAGCAGCGACGCGGACUACACCAGCAUCACGCCCUUGGUCCCGUUGACGUCGCGCGACAACGACGUCGCAGGCCUGGUGCUGACGAGCACGAACACGGACUUCGCCGCGCUGAUCGCGGGCAGCAGGACGACGCCCGUGCAGCUCAUCGAGGGGCAGACCGGCGUUGAGAUAGCCGUCCGGCUCGCCACGCGCCCACGGGCCAACACGCAGGUGGUGGUCACGCUGACGGUGAGCUCGAGUCAGCUGACACUCCCCAUGGGAGAGUCCUUGCGGUUCCAGGGCGGGAACUACAACGUCCCGCAGACGCUGCGCAUCGACGCGACGGACGACAUCCUCACGGAUGGCAACGUGAUGGCCAGCGUCACCGUGAACGUGUCGGCGCCGCUCGCCGACUACGCAAACACGCCGUCGCAGUCGUUCCUCUUCACGGCGGUCGACAACGACGACUUCGCGGCAGUGACGAACGUCGACAAGUGGGGCGGGCAGCUCUGUCAGACGAACCCUUGCGGUCAGGUGGCCAUGUCAGUCCCCCCCGGGGCGUUCGGCGCCGCGGGGUCCAACGUGGCGCUCCAGGAGAAGGCGCAGCCCCCGGCGUCCGACGACGUCGCGAACCCCGCGCCGCCGCUCGCAGACAGCCGCGUCCCCGCAGUCAGCGGCGUCUACGAGUUUCAACCCACGGGUCAGCGUCUGGAGGUUCCAGCAAGCCUGUCUCUCGAGUACCGCCCGGGUCUGGUGAACAACCUGCGCAGCGGCGCCGCGACGGUCGCGGGGCGGCGGCGGCUCGCGCAGGCCACGCCCGGCGAGCCCGUCGUGUACCGCAAGGUCACCUCCCCCACGGAGGGUUGGGAGGUGGUCACGGACGCCGUGUACAUCUCGUCCGCGGGGAUCAUCGUCGUCGUCACGCAGGACCUGGGGGAGUUCUACGUGGGGUUCCGCCCGGACUCGCUGAAGCCCGCGCCGGUGGUCGUCGACACGUGCGCACUCCCGGGCGUCGCGGCGUGCUGCGAACGGUCCUACGUGGACGGGGCCUUCAGCGUGGGCGAGUACGCGCUCUUCCUCUCCGUGGUCCUCGGCGUCAGCGGGCUCAUCGUCGGCGUCUUCCUCGCGUGGCUCGUGUGGCGCCUGCUGCGCCCGCGCAAGGCCGCGGCCAGCACGCAGGUGAUGGAAAAGCAGGUCGCCUACCCGGAGCUGCCGGAGGACGGCAUCGAGGAGGUCGCGUUUGACCCGUUCUCGCGCGACCUGGACCCCUUCAGCGGCGUGGAGCCGGACGCGGCGCGGGCUGCGGAGGAGCAGCCGUUCCACUUCCAUCCCACACUUGGUAAGCUCACGGGGAAGCACGCGCCGGAGUACCCGGCCAUGCACCCGGCGGCGUACUACGCGUCACAGGGGCAGGUGAUGCACGUGAUGGGGAACGUCGGGAGCUCGCGGAAGCUGUUCAACGUGCCGAAGCAGUCGCGGCCAACGCGGCCGCCGCCGCCGGGCCCGCCAGAGGCCUCCACGGCGGCGCGUGGGCCGGCACCGUUCGAUACGCGGCCGGCGGCGGGGACGACGUCGUUCCGGAAGAGGGCGAAGCGGGGGCCGUCGCGGAAGGACAUGCAAAGUUCGCGCGUGCACCCGCUGCUGGUGGAGGCGGCGGGCGCGGUGGACGCGGGGGUGGACGCGCGGGGGGCGAGCGAGGACCUGACGAACUUGCGCGCGGCGAUGGGGGCGCUCGACUACGUGCCGAGCACCGUGCCGUCGCAGAGGACCAAAACGGAGGGUGCGCGCAGCGAUGCUGGGAGGUAUGACAACGACAGCGGGCUCGCGACGGAAGUCGGGCACCCGCGCAGCGAAGCGCCUAGCUCGUACAUCGAGCCAUAG